GGGGGGGGGGGACAUCCAUGAUCAUGGAGCCGACGUACAAUGCAACACCACAAACCGAGGCGAACCCCGCGUCGUCCACGCAAUCAAUAUACGUACGAAAGAACAGGCACCAACUUGGCCCCUGAGUAUAAAGAUGAUCCAGGAUCAACUCUCACCAGCAACUAAGGGGCAGCAUAACUCUUAACAGAUCUUCUUUGCCAUUUAUACUCUCCCGAAUCGCACCUUCAGACUGAAUCAUGGCAUCUCUAUCGCUCAGACAGUUUCUUGAGCACAUUCGAGCCUUCAAUGCCAAAGACUACCAGAAACAACACUCGUUUUACCAUCCAGAUGUCCGUCUUGUAAUUCCCGACCCGGAGGUGGGAACCCUCGUGGGGUCCGAAGGCAUCAUGAAUCACUAUGCUGUACUUCAAGCCACCGCGGAGGAGACCGUCGUCCCCAUACUGGUCAUGGUUGACCAAGGGCACAUUUUCUUCGUGAUGGAGACAUAUUUUCGCUACUUGCAGGCCACAGACCGCGCUGUCCACGGGUACAAGGCACAAGCCGGAGAUGUAAUCAUGGUCACCGUGUGGGCACUGUACGACAUGGACGGUGGAAAAAUGAAGCACAUUACUUGCAACGGGCUCCACCAUGAUUUCCUUGGCACGGUGGAUGUGAAUCAACGGAUCAACGAGAGCUGGAGUCGAGCAGACAGUACGGUCAAGCGUUGCUGGGGCUCUGCUUCCCUGCUCUAGAAAGUAUUCGUACUCCGA